UAACCGGUCUGUACAGCGCAGCAGCUGUAUACUUCCGGGGCUCUCGGGCUCGGAAGUGCUAAAGACUGGGACGUCCGUCUUUUAAGUUCCUUGACCGUCGCCCCAUAAUCCUUAGUGUGCGCAGAUAUGUCGGGCUGCAGGCUGAUGAGAGCCGUCAGAGUGAGUGAGUUCGGAGCUCCGUCAGUCCUCAGACUCUGCUCAGAUGUGGCUGUCCCCCAGCCUGGACCCAGGCAGGUGUUGAUUCGUGUCCGUGCCUGUGGAGUGAACCCCGUGGAAACUUACAUCAGGGCUGGGACCUACGCCCGUAAGCCCACCCUGCCAUACACACCAGGCACAGACACAGCUGGAGUGGUGGAAACUGUUGGAGAGGGAGUCACUGCAGUCAAGGCAGGAGAUCGUGUGUUCACCACAGCCACAGAGUCUGGAGGUUAUGCAGAGUACACUGUAGCAGCUGACGACUGUGUCCACAAACUGCCCGAUGCUUUGGACUUCGCCCAGGGUGCAGCCAUAGGGAUCCCUUACUUCACUGCCUACAGAGCUCUGGUUCACAAAGCCCACACCAAGGCUGGAGAGACCGUCCUCAUCCAUGGAGCCAGUGGAGGGGUUGGGGUGGCAGCGUGCCAGUUGUCCCGAGCCCUGGGUCUCAAGGUGCUGGGCACAGCAGGGACACCAGAGGGAAUGAAGCUGGUUCUCAACAAUGGAGCUCACCUGGCCUUUAAUCACAGAGAAGAGAGCUACACAGACAAAAUCAUGGAAGCCACAGAGGGCAGAGGCAUAGAUGUGAUAGUGGAGAUGCUGUCAAAUGUCAACCUCAGUAAAGACCUCCAGAUGUUGGCCUAUGGAGGACGUGUUAUGAUCGUUGGCUCCAGAGGCUCCAUAGAGAUCAACCCCAGGGACACCAUGUCUAAAGAGAGCAGCAUCAUGGGAGUGGUCCUUUCUUUUGCUACACCGGAGGAGAAGAAGGAGUGUGCAGCGCUGCUCUACGCAGGGAUGGAAGUUGGUUGGCUGCGUCCAGCUGUCGGUUCCCAGUAUCCGCUCGACAAGGCUGCCCAAGCACACCAGGACAUCAUUGAGUCUCCUGGGGCUGCUGGGAAGAUAGUCCUGACCAUGUGAUGAUUUAAUGAUAUUAAAGGUCAAAGGUCACCAAGAUUUGGCUAUUCAUAAAGGGGAGACUCUUGAGGAGCUGCUACAACAAUGGUUAACGUGGUUUCAUUAAGCUUUAAAUGAUAUCUGACUUUUGAAAUGUGAAGAUUUUUACUAGAAUGCUAAUGUGCUUGUACACAAACAUAUUCAUCAUCACUGCCAAUAUGCAAAACAUGGGUACAAGAAUAUACGACGGAUAGAAUGGUAACCUCCUUACUGAUGUCUACUGUGCUUUGCCAAAAUGAUUACUACAGAAAAGUACCUUUGAUGCCUUCGGCUACCUUUGUCGGCCACAUGACCUUUGCGAUGUUCGUCAUAGCCGUUCCUUAAGUCUUCCUUAGUUAAUCUGUGGGUUGGAGCGUAAAGUAGGUUGUGGGGGCUGUUUAUAAUGGGUUCUAAGGUCAAGAAGGACUUUAAUUCAGUACAGAGGUAAUGUCUUCCUUUUUCCUUAAAAUUUAAUUUCAAUUCAAUUUUAUUUAUAUAGCACUAAUUCAUAACCACCAUCUCCUGAAAAAAAAUGUGGCACUUUAGCUGCUACAUACUCAGCUAUGUUCACCAGCUAGUCACUAACUGUCUGUCUGCUGGUUUGUGCUGAGCAGGUUGUGUACAGAGGGUUUUUAGAACUUUUAAUUGUGGGUUUGUAGGUUGACGAGAGCAGUUAGACUGAACCAAAACAGUAAAGUUGCGGGCCUUAAAACCAAAACAAAUGUUGUUGCUACAAUAAUGCUAAAAUGCUCUGUUGGGCUGAGGAGAACUGCAGUCGGGUGAUAAUUCUCUGUGGAUCGUCAAUACAAGUGACCCAAUUGUGAUCUCUGCUCAAGAAUCCAAAGAAAGAAAUGUAUUAGCUGUAAAUUGUGAAUGAAAAUAAAAUAGAUUCAUAAAAAAUA